UUUUUAUUUCAGCUUCUAAUCUCAGUCAUUUUAAAGUUACCCCACAUAUAGAAUGUCAAUUAAUCUUUAAAGAAUUGUUCAAUUACUUGAACAUUUUUCAUUCAAGCAUUUGUAAGAGACAAUGUUUCUUCAUCCUCUGUGUGCAUGAUGCAGAAACUCAGGUAGGAGCUGUACUGCUGAUGAGGUGUAGAGUUGCAAGCUUCUAGAGUUUCUAUGACAUGGAAAACCCUCUCUAUCCUCUACUAUUGUUUUCCAGCUCACCACAGUCUCACCUGUGUUACAGAUUAACACUGAAGAAGCAAAUAAUGCGGGUAAGCAUAAGAGUCUUCAGAUGCUUAAAGCGUUUUCAGGAAAUUGAAUUUGAAGAACUGUUUCAUUUCAAAAUUUUAGAUCUGUUUGUUCAAGCUGCGUACCCACCAGUGGUGUUUCCUGCUUUUCAACGUACUGCUCUUCCAUGCCUUGCUGUUCGGGGCAGAUUUUGUGGAGGAGUACCUCCUGCAGCCCACGCCAGGGGUUUACACUGAUGCCAUGGUUACUGGCGUGAGGGAGAAAGCAAGGAAAUUGGACCUGAGCGAUGCCAGGGAAAACAUUUCCUUUGAGUACCCUAUAACAAACGCUGAGGCUUGCAGAAACUCUGACCUCUUUCUUCUCGCUUUGGUCUUCAGCUCUGCAGGAAACAUCUCCCAAAGAGACGCUGUGAGGAAGACAUGGGCAAACCAAACCCUGAUUGAAGGCUUUCCAGUGAAGACAUUUUUUUUCUUAGCGCUGUCUGACACUUCUGCUGCGCAUCAGGAGCUCCUAAGUGAAUCUGAGCGUUAUGGAGAUGUAAUCCAGGCUUAUGCUGGAGCAGAGCGGUCCCUCCAUGGCUCAAAGGAGAGGACCGUGCUGGCUCUCCGCUGGGUGAUCUCCUUCUGUCCCCUGGCACGAUUUGUUCUGCUGACCAAGGAAUCUGUGUUUGUCAACCUUCCAGCUCUUGGCAGCUACCUGCUCAGACUACACAGACACCCAGAGGAUCUGUACCUAGGCAGAGUGAUUCAACAAGACCAACCUAACAGGGACCCUAAGAGUCCCGGGUACCUGCCCCCCGCUCUGUACCCUGCCAAAUACCUGCCCGAAUAUUGCGAUGACACCGCCUAUGUGCUGUCCCAAGAUGUAGUCCGGAAGGUGUAUGUGGCAUCUGCAUUGGUCCUUGCGCCCGUGUCCGCUGAUGUUUUUGUGGGUCUCUGUGCUCGGAAGGCUGGUGUCUCCCCAACCCACAGUGCUAGGUUCCCUGGAGAUAAACACAUUCAUUACAACGCAUGCUGCUACCUUUACCUGUUCUGCUCUGCAGGCAUGAGGAGCCACGAGUUGGAAAGAAUCUGGAUGGAUCUUGAGCAGAAAGGUGGAAGAUGCUCACUUUUAAAGACAUAUUAUGGACUGGUGUACUGUAAAGCUCACACGUACAUAGAUAAACUCCUUAAUCCUCAUUGAAAAGAGAAAUGGAAUCAAGGUGAAAAGGGUCAAAGUUGACUUUAAUUUGAUGGAACUGUAUAAUUUGAUGGAAGUGUAUAUCGGUAAUUAUAUUUUUUGUUGUUCUCCUGUGUGUAAAGUUAUGUUGUGUAAAAAAUUAUUCCAAUAAGAUAGUGUAAAUAUAAAGUCUUUCUGAAGACAUCAUUAAAAUCAGGAUUUCUGAUCAUAUCCAUUCAUGCCUUGAUGGAA